CCUAUACAUACCUAUCCGUUAUAUGUCAUAAGUUUGGUAGGAAGAGUCAAUGUACGUUACCUAUAUACACCAAUCCAGUAUGGCAUUAGCGAAAGAUUGAAGUGGAAACGUGAAAAUCCCGACGUAAAUAUGAGUGUUGAUGAAGAAAGGUCUCCUGGCAGUACUACUAGUGAAACGGAACUCAACACACCACGAACACCGUUGUACGAGCAGUCUAAAUCAUUAUGGGGACGUGUGAAGAUGUUACCUAUACAGAUUCAGCGUCAGCUGCUGGACCAGUACCGCGAUCCAUUCACCGUGGAAGUCCGUGACCAGCUAGCGGACCUUAUAGAAGAUCUGCCAUUGAGUGAAGUGAACGAAGAGAAUUCAGGAAACGUAGAAGAUGAAGGAUUUGCCAAUCAGAUGUUAGAAUCCUUGUUAAAUGAUCUCAGGAGCUCAAUUCGUAAAACAACCGAGUUCGUCCUGAAAACAAAACUUCGGGAUUCUGAACAUAAAAUCAGACAAAGAUACACGGGGAAUGCACUGGAGUUUGUCAAGUUAGUGAAAAGCUACCUGUCGCAGGAGGAGCGUGCAGUGGCUCAGGCAGAAAAUGCUACAUCUGAGAAUGGAGGUGACACUCAGUAUCACCGCCAGCUGGAUGUCAUUCAGAGGAUUGAACGUUUACAGAGUAGAACCCAAGUAACACAGAACUAUCUGCAAACACUGGAUGAAAAGUUCAAACAGUUUAAUAUCACGCGUCAGAAGCUUAACCAGGUUAAAGGCCAAACACAGCAGAUUGAGAACCAGCUCCAUAAUGUGCAGAAUUCUAUUACGAAUAUGGCUCCUGAUGCAUACCAACAAAACCUUGUGUUAUGUAUGAACCAGAGGUCCAGUCUAACCCAGAGGACACAGGAAAUCAACCAUACCAUAAAAGAUAUGGUCACACAGCUCGUACAGAUAAGACGAGAUUUUAUAGAGAAUUUUCAUCAGACACGCUGUGAACUUGAGGUUCUCCAAAAACUGGUCAAUCAGGAAGUGUUGUCAUGGAAACAGCAACAGAGGUUAGCAGGUAACGGAGUCGAGUUUGACCUCCGAGCACUGGCCACCAUACAGAACUGGUUUGAAGGCUUGGCUGACUUGACAUGGAAAAAUCGAAAUCAGAUUUCCCAGAUGGAGUCCUUUGGACAAGACUUUCCCAUUGAUGUUCCUCACGGUAUACAGGACAUGGUGGCCAGCUCGAGCAGUUCUGUUAACAGUAUCCUCGCUAACAUUGUCAGAAGCGCCUUUAUAGUGGAAUGCCAGCCUCCACAGAUACUGAAGGUCAACAAUAAGUUCACAGCCAAAGUGAGGCUCCUACUUGGUAACAAACUGAAAACUUACAUGGAUCCUCGAAAGGUUACAGCAGUUCUCAUAAGUGAGCGCCAGUUGAGUCGCCUGCAGGAAUCUGAAAGUCCACACCUAUUUAAAGAGACAUCUGGUAAACUUCUAAAUGACAAUGGGCGCAUGGAGUACAACGAAACGACACAAGAACAUAGUGUUUCACUGAAGAGUAUGCAACUCCAGAAAAUUAGCCGAGCUGAUAGAAAGCAGAAUGUGACGGAAGAGAAAUUCUGUAUCGUAUUUAAGUCAACAUUCCAGAUUGGAAACCAAGAACAAUUUGUUUGGACAAACUCUAAUCCUAUAGUUGUGAUCGUCCAUGGCAGCCAGGAAUGCCGAGCCAUGGCGACAAUCAUGUGGGACAACCAGUUUGCAUUGGCAGACAGGCAGAUGUUUGAAGUGCCAGAACUUGUUCCCUGGCCUCUAAUGUGCGAGUUACUCAGUUGUAAGUUUGAGCAAAUGACACAACGUGGACUGUCGAAGGAUGAUCUCGACUAUCUGGCACACAAGAUCUUUCAGGGAAGCCGUGAUGUAGAUGAUUACUCACCAUACAGUAUCACAUGGGCACAGUUUGUCAAGGAUAAUCUUCAACUUGCAUCUGGGACUGUCAGCUUUACUUUCUGGGAUUGGUUUUACAGCAUCCUGAAGCUGACAGCGAAACACCUGAGGGAACUGUGGCAGGACGGUUGUAUUGUGGGAUUCAUUAGUCGGUCUAAGGCAGAGCAGCAACUGCUUAGUGUGGCCAACGGGAACUUUCUGUUACGCUUCAGUGAAUCUGAGUUGGGUGGUGUCACUGUUGGCUGGGUAGAUAAUGUUACACAGCAACAAAACGCCAGUGCUAAGGUUGAAGUGACAAGGGAGGCAAACUUUGCGCAGCCUUAUGAGGGAGAAGACUUUACUGUCAAGAGUCUUGCUGAAAGGAUCAAAGAUGUGGACAAACUUGUUUACCUUUAUCCAAACAUACCAAAGGAACAGGCAUUUAAAAAAUAUUGGCUUCCAUUCCCAGGACGAAAUUCAAGAAAACCACAUAAUCCCCGCUACAAGCACAUAGGAACUUUGAUUCAAGAUAUCAUUGCCGUACCAACACCGAACAGCAGGGCGUCUCGGAAACGAGAGAAAACCACUGAUACUGAUGAAGGGAUGGCAACAGAAGCGACAGCGGACAGUGGGAUUAAGCGAGAAACGACUUGGCCAGUGGAGGACAUGUCUGGGUUUGGAUCUGAGUAUGACCAUACACUCAAUGUUGAACAGAUAAUGAAUGCAAUGGAUAUUGCUCAUGUCUCCUCCCCUGGUUCCAUAUCGAUUGAUGCGUUUGAUGAUCUCAUCAGUGAGGAUAACGAUAGCUUGUUGGUAUAAAUACUACAGCUGAAUUUCAGUGAGAUAUCAAGUAUCAGUGUUUCAAAGUGUAUCAAGUAUAAUCUUUGAAUUCUACAUUCCUGAAUAACUUUGAUGCUUGAUAUCGACUGUUUGGGAAAUUUAGCAGUAAACGAUAAUUGUACCCGAAAUAUGCCCAAGAUGUCAGUUUAAGGAGAGAACUCAUUUUUUGGACUCAAGUGUAGCUUUUGCUGUUGCAGAGAUUAUGAAACAUAUUGUUUCUUGUAUUACUCGUAUUUCAAAAAACAAUUCGUAUUAGUAUUUUAUCCUUGAAUAUAGUGAAAACAAUUGAAUAUUCUUUAAAAUAACGACUUUGAUAGUAUGCAAUAGUUGCGAAAUAUCUACCGAAAGAUGUUAGUUGUUACAUUGAUAAGUAAGUAUACAAUUCAUAGUAACCGGUAAGUGGUAUAGAGCGUACGUAGGAUUAAAGAUGACCAUUAAGAUUGGUUAGCUUUACCAACACAAAGAAUUGGCAGGAACGUACAAGUGUAUGAUGUAUAUCAUUAUAGGGCCUGGGAUUAACAAAAUACUUUGGUACACUUUCAUAUCAAAUAGAUUUCAAGUUUAUUAAACCCUUCUUAUGCAAAAUAUUUGAAAACUUAAUUAACAUAAAAAUUAAACGUGAUAAAGAGACGCAAUGGUUGGACAUUUUCCUCCGGACAUUUGCUUUAAGGCAAGCAUUGGAAUAUUUGAAAUAAGACUGCUGACAACAUUAUUAAAGUGUUGUGAAUGUGUUUGUGCUGAAAAUAUCACGUUUAACAUACUUUUAAAUGUUAUAACACUUCUUAAUGAUUUGAGUCCCUUUUAUACAAGUUGAAUGCACUUCAUCAUUUUCAUUGUGAAAAUUGUCACAUUUUGGAACUAUUUCUGGUACAUUGCAUUAAUAAACUUUUAAAAAGUUGACACACACUGACUCGUAUACAGUCUCACCAACGAUACCAACCAAAUUCAAAAAUAUGGAUACAUUUUUCUUAUGCAAAGUGUUCACAUUAUACUAGAGGAACGAUCCGUGUUAUUUUUUAAUUUGAAAAUGGCAAUGUUAUCUGAUUUUUAUGUCGUGUGCACUAGAAUAUACAAAUAUAUAUUUUAAAUGACACUUCCAUUAUUUUUUCCAACUGGUAGACGUUUAAGACACGGUGGGCACUACACGUGAUGAGUUUUACGUCAUAGUUUAUUUUUCGAUUCAUACAACGUUGUUAAUUUUGCGUAUUUCAAAGCUGUACAUUGUAGAUAAACAUAUGUUGAAUACACUGUAAAUUCAUUGUGAAUCUAAACUGAAUAAUGAGAUUAUGAUUUUUGUUAAAUUUUUCAAUGAAUGAAAAUAUGUUGCAACAUC